AUAACGAUUAAUUAUUGGAAUUAUUUUUAAAAAGUGAUAUUUACUAAGUUUAGAGUUUAACUCUUAAUAUUUGUUUUUUUAUUCCUUAAUGCAGCUUUUGUUAUGUAAAAAAUAAUUACAUAAGUAAAAUAACAAAACGAAAGAAUUGAAGUUAAUGGGCAAAAACAACGGAAGCCUAAUCCAUUCCUAGGUUUUCAGCCUUGGGCCUUGGGUCUAUCUCUAAAGGUUUUUUUUUUUGUUCUUUUCUGGAAACGGGAAAAGGGAAAUAAAAUCCUCAGAAUCAUCUGAACUUGGAGCAUCAGAGUUCUGUUCUAUCGGUGAUAAUCCAAGGACAAACACUUUCGCUUUAUCCUCAGUCAUCGUUUUCUGUAACUGGUUUUACAAUGGAUCAGAAGGUUUAAUUCCACGUGAAUAAUUAGAAUACCUAUUGAUAUCCAGAGCAUGGGAAAAUCUGCAGCCGAUGAAAAGAUUCUGAGUUACAAUGAUGUUGUACUUAGGCGAUCAGACUUGGAAAUCCUCAGUGGUCCAUAUUAUCUGAAUGAUAGAAUCAUAGAGUUCUAUUUCAGUCUCCUAUCUUCAAGUUAUCCUUCACAGGACAUCCUAUUGAUUCCACCAUCAAUUGCUUUCUGGAUAACUAACUGCCCUGAUGUUGGUGGUCUCAAAGAUUUUUUGGAACCCCUUAAAUUGCCAGACAAGAAACUGGUGAUUUUUCCUGUUAAUAAUAACGAUGAUGUAAGCAUAGCUGAAGGUGGAAGUCACUGGAGCUUACUUGCAUACCACAGAAGUGCUAACAUCUUUGUGCAUCAUGAUAGCAAUGGCCAGACGAAUAAGAGGCAUGCUAUGAGGCUGUUUAAAUCUGUUGUUGGUUAUAUCGGUUGUUCCAGUUCAGCCGGUAAUGCCAAGUAUCUAGAAUGCAUUGGCACACCACAGCAAGUGAAUGGCUAUGAUUGCGGCUUAUACGUUACAGCUACUACAAGAACUAUAUGCUGCUGGUAUGAAAGUAGUGAAAACAAAGACGCUACUGAUUUAUGUUUUUCUGCAGUAAAGGAGCAGGUGACUCCACCAGUGGUCAGCGAGAUGAGGAAGGAGAUACUGGGGCUGAUUAAAGAUCUAAUGUCGAAGAAAUGAGAUAUCUUAAUUCGGAAGUUAAAACCAAAAAAAAAAAUGGGGUCAUCAUGCAAGAAGAUGAAGUUCCAUCAUUCCACAGAUCUUGAAUUUCAGGUUUCCUUUCAAAAUCUGAGACUUAUUAGUGUACUUUCAAAACCAGGGGUUCCUCUGACCUGUAGCUGUACCUGUUCUUGUCCUUAUGUGCAAUCUCAAUCUAGGUAGGGUGAUGGACGACCUUUACAAGGAACAAACAUUCCUAUACACAUAUUGGAAAAGCCGUAAGGGAUGGAGUCCAGUCAUUAGUUAUAGAUCCAAUUCCAGUGUUAGGUUGCAUAAAUCAAUCGGUGAAGGAACUCAAUUAGCAUGAUUCCAGGAUUUCAAUUUCUUACUUUUGAAAUUGCAAAUUACUAUUAAUCUUCUGAAAUGUAUUUUGAUGCGAUUCAAGAUUUUUGUAUUGCCUUUUUCUUCCCUUGGAAAAACCUGUAUCCUGUCGGGGCUGAGAAUCACGUUAUAAUUCAUCAUCUUCAUUCAAAUCUACGUAAUUAUAAUGAAAUAAAUAUUUAUCAUUUAAUUAUCACAUAUGAUGGAUAUUGAAUGACUGAUUUUUUCAAUAAUAUAAUU